GCCGCCGUCCAGGGAAGACCGGACUAUAAGUUACCGCAAUUUGAGCCCCUCGUAGGCACAAUCUUGGCAGGAAAAAUAAGAUCGAAUUCGAAAAUAAAAGAGAAAAAAGAAAAUGCCGUCCAUAUAACGAACGUCAAUGGCUUACUAAUCGAUAUCGAAAAUGGACAAGCUAUAUUAAUGGAUGCAUAAAAAAAAGAUAUUGGACAAGUGACAGAAGUCACACGCCAAGAUGCUGUCAAUGUGCGGAUUGCUGUGCCGCAUGCUGCGAGGCUGGCGGCACAGUGAGGCGGUGAUGCUCAUGGCAAAGGCACUCUCCCAGCCUCACUCUUCUCUGCUGGUUCAGGACAUUCUAGCAUCAGAUUCGGGUAUUAUCAAAGUGAAUGAGCCAAGCUGCACAUCAAUCUUCUGCCAAAACAGCAAUGAAGGAUCGAUAGGACAACUUCUGUGGAGGGACAACAACAAGCAGGCAGUUGUCAUAGCUCCCAAGCAACGAGUGGACCUGAAGCGAUGGACCCUCUUCAUGAUGGCAGCAGAUCAUCCAAGUAACAGCCACCCAAGAGAAUCAGCCCAGCAGGCAAGCGAGAAUGGAUUCCCGAGUGCAAAAUCUGAAGUUUCGACAACAAUCACAGUCCUCCUUGAGGCCUCAUACCGAGAGCAAGAAGAUAAUGAGCUGCUAGACUGUUAUGUGAUGGUAGAACAGUUAUCCCAGCCCUAUGCUUGGAAGGCCAGAGAUGUGUUUGGAGUCAUCGUAACAACAACCCCACCACAGCUGCUUGCCAUGAUUCAAGCCUUCUUCAAUAAUGCUCUCAUUGUUGAUGAUGACUUUCUUAUUACAAAGAUUAUUACUGUUGACUUGGUGGGUCAACCCUCAACCUUUGAUGACCCACUAAGCAUCCCAGAGAGUGUGACUCCAGGACCAUGGACCACAGAGAGAGCUACUUGCACACAGAUGGAGUUAGCUCGUUCUGUGUCUCCCACGAACUUUAAUGGUAUAGUACUGUAAAGAACUCAGGAUUUUCUUUUUCUUUUUUGACCUUUUUUAUUUGCUGCUUAGUCUUUUUUUUCUUUUCU